GUAGGGUGCAAAAGAAAUCGGAAUACACUUCGCUACACUUUACUCCCACCCAAAAGGACCAAGCUGAGGCUGCAGUGUCAACAUGGCCCUCCGAUUUGCAGGAUGGGUUGUCCUGCUCUACAUAUAGGACUGCGCUAUCACCACACACAGCAAUGAACAGAGAGAGAGGGAGAGAUCAGUGAAACAACAAGAGAGAAAAAGAGAGAGAGAGAGAGAGGAAGAAGUGGUGUAUCACUGGGAAUCUUAAUAAGUGAGACCAAAGGAUACAGGAUGAAAUUCAUGUUCAGCAGAAGAACAAAACAAUGACAGACUGUGGUUUUGAGAGGCAGUUUGUGGAUGCUCAUAAUGACUAUCGCAGCAAGCAUGGUGCCCCGCCCCUAGCUCUGAGCAGAGACCUGUGUAACUCCGCCCAGAAAUGGGCAGACCAUCUUCUGUCAAUCAAAAGCCUGAAGCACAGCUCCACCAAUCACGGAGAAAACCUUUACUUCGCAUACAGCUCAACCCCCAAAAAACCUGUUGGGAAGGAUGCAGUGGACAGUUGGUACAGUGAAAUCAAAGAUUACCACUUCAAUAAGCCUGGCUUCAGCUCCGGUACAGGUCACUUCACCCAGGUGGUUUGGAAGGACUGCAGCGAGGUAGGUGUGGGCCUGGCCACAGAUGGGCAAACGAUCUUUGUAGUGGGCCAGUACCACCCAGCUGGCAACAUGUGCAACGCGGGCUACUUUGAGAAGAAUGUCCUACCACUGGGUAGCUCCACCUCUAGAGCCCCCAAAUGUUUCCCCAUAGCCGGAGAAGGAGGGGGCCUGAGUGUACCCCAGUCUAAAAUUGGCAGAUCCUCUUCACCUACAUAUAAAGCUCCUCCUCAGGCGAACGGCACUGACCUGGGCCAGUUCCACAGAGACUUCCUACGGGCGUGUAACAACCAGCGGAUGGCACACGGAGCCCCAGCCCUCACACUGGACCCAGCCCUGAGUCAGGGGGCGCAGGCAUGGGCAGAAACUCUACUGGGAGAGCGGGUGCUGAAGAACUCAUCCUCCCCCCAUGGUGAAAAUAUCUGGGCCAAGACGGGGUCAGCGGGCAUCACUGCUACGGGUCAAGAGGUGGUGGACACCUGGUACAAACAAGAGGAGAACUAUGACUUCUCCAAACCAGGACAUCAGGACAAAACAGGGCAGUUCACACAACUGGUGUGGCGUAGCUCCAAGGAGGUGGGCGUCGGCAUGGCAAACAGUGGCACGGGGAUGCUCUUCGUGGUGGCACACUUUAAACCGGCUGGCAACAUCAGCAACCCUGGUUACCACGCUCAGAAUGUGAUGCCAAAAGGGUCGAAAAUUACCGAUAAGCCAGUGGAGGUCGUCACUUCGGGAAUGCAGGCGUUGGCCGUGAACUCACUGUCAGCCAAUGAGCUUGGCCAGUUCGGCCAGGCCCUUCUGAAGUCUCUCAACCAAUACCGGAGCCAGCACGGGGCAUUACCUCUGGUGCUAAGCCCUGCCCUCACUAGGGAGGCCCAGGAUUGGGCGGCUCACCUGGUGAGCAUCAACACACUGAUGAAUAGCUGCAAAGGCCACGGGGAGAACAUAUUCUACUGCUCUGGCUCCAGCACAGCGACCCCUACUGGAUCAGAUGUGGCCGAGUCUUGGUACAAGGAGAUUGAGAAGUAUAACUUCUCAUCCCCUGGUUUUCAGAGUGGAGCAGGUAAUUUCACUCAAAUGGUCUGGAAGUCCUCAAAGCAAGUAGGCGUGGGUUUGGCAACCAGUGGGCGGGGCACGUUUAUCGCCGUGGCGUUCUACGAUCCAGCGGGCAACAUCACCAACCCAGGCUAUUUCCAUGACAACGUGAAAACCAAAGGAAGCAAAACUUUAGUCUGAGCCAUAUAUAUGUAGUAUGUAUGCCAGCACUCCCAAAGGUUUCUAUAGGAACGGGUGCUUAUCUGGGCAAACACAUUGUUGCUGUUAUCUUUGGUUGUUCCUAUGAUUUGUCCUCUUUUGGAAGGCUAAGAAUCUUUUUUUGUUAGUUAAUUGUUUUCCAUAGAUGGCGCCAUUCGAACACGCCACGCAGCUGCCAGGAGCCAUCAGUGUAGACGGCCGUUGCGCCGUCUUAUGCGAGACAAACCUGACCUUAACUUUUUUAACUUCUAUCUCAAAUGAUACCCUUACAUUGUGAUUUUCUAACCAACAACAGUAAUUUGGGAAAUCUGUAUAAAUGGCUUUUACGUUGUCUUAAUAGGAAAUCAUUUUAAUGGUUAUGGGUAUUUUUUCAUAACUGCAAUGUAAAAGUAAGAUUUUCACCGGACAGUUUCUUUUAUAAGUUAAUUUUUCUGUUACCUCAAGUUAUUUGUCUUUGUGGCCAAAGCAUAAACUGGAGAAAAAACUCCACCUCAAAUAGACAGUUUCAUAAAUGCUUGCUAUUUCCUCAUAGAACAUGAUGUCACGUUGGCUCGCUGUGCUGGCCAAUCAGUGGUCAACUUGCAUGAAAAUUUCUAAUGACCGGUAUACUCCCACACCAUUCUGUUGCUGGGGUAUGUCCACUCCAUUCAAACACAUAUAAUAAGGAUCUCUACAGAUCGGUGUCCUACCCGUGGGACGGUUGAGCUAAUGCGAUUAGCUGUAGGUCAUAUUUCGUCUGGAAACGCUGGACAGUUACUUAAAACCUGAAAUGUAAUGCCUUUAAUCUCGUGCACAUUUUUGUCAUUUACUGUCCAUGAAUAGAGAAAUGUCGCUUUUUAAAUGUAUUCAUUGAUGUUUAUCAAACAUGUUGACAUACAGACUGAGACUGCACUGUGUUGACAUACAAGGGGCAAUAAAUGGUGGAAUUAAA